AUAGUGCGGUAAUGGCACACCGGUCGCCUGGCCGUAAGCCGUGCGUUGUUACCGUGUGAGGUGCGCUCGGUGUGUCCCGUGCGCGGCGUGCGUACCGUGCGUGGUGUGUGUACCGUGCGCGGCGGUACCGUGCGGGGUGUGUGUACCGUGCGCGAUGUGCGCGUGGAGGCUGCUGCUGCUGGCUGCGCUGCCGGCGCUCGUCGGUGUAGGCGCGGGCGAGGUGGUGGAAGCGGGACCUGCCUUCCUACCGACGAGAAGAUCACUCAAUGUGGCGCCUGGCGAAGAAGCGGUGCUGGCAUGCCGCAUCGCGCGCCUCGGAGACAAGGCGGUCUCAUGGGUGCGGGCAAGGGAUCUACAGAUCCUCGCUCACGACGGCGCCGUGUUCUCAGCAGACCCACGGGUCGCGGUGGGCGUGCGGACGGAGCGUGGCGUCGUGACGCACACGCUGCGUCUUGCGCGCCUGAGAGAGUCUGAUGCGGGCCGAUACGAGUGCCAGCUGAAUACGGAUCCUAAGCUCAGUCAGAUUUAUAAUCUCACUGUCACAGACCGGGCAUGGCGCAGCAUUGAGGUAGAACCUCUAGGGGCAACUCGUGUCCUAGCAGCCACGGGGAGCACAGCCACUCUUGGCUGUUCAGCGCGUCUCCGACCAGCUGAGGCACCUGAUCCGCCGGCAUUGAGGGUUGUUUGGUACCAGGACGGACAACCGUUAUCACCUCAGGGUGGAGUUUCGCUCGACACGGAGCGCGCGGCGGGCCUCGUGACGUCACGGCUCACGCUCGGCGCUCUCAUGCCGACCCACAGUGGUCGGUACUUCUGCCGUGUCUCAGCGGACUUAGAAGAAGAUACAGACCCCUUCACAGAAGACACCUUGCAGGGAGAGAUGGUGUUUACGCUCGUUGUCACAGAUAGUGUGGGUGAGAUGGAAGCGAUGCAACGCGAUCAAUCACCAGCGCCGUCCGCUGCAGCCAUCCUUCGCUCUGUGCCAGCUGUUGCGGUUCUUGCUGCCUUAUUGAUCGCACUGAUCAUCUGCUGUUAA